UAAUGCAAUCUAGGAGCAUGCAUAUAAGUUGCUUAUAGGAUUUGCUUUUCUCGGCCAGGCUCCCCCUUCUUAGCCAGUCUAUUUCAGGCAUGACACGAUUAGAGCAUGCUUGUUUUCCAGUGACAUAGUUAGGAGUAUACGAUCCCCAGAUGACGAACAAGAAGAAAUCAGUUGUCAAUCAUGGACGUGGAGUUCAUUGAGUGAUAGAGAAUGGUCAAGAAGUGACCUGGAUUGAACGGCAGAGUGGAAGAAAGAAGAGAGCCCAAGCUUUUCAACACUCACAUUUGUUUUUUUUAGACUGAGGAGGUAACGUACCUAGCUAUCUCCACCACCCUACUGCACUAUCAGUAACGCUAAAGAAGUUACACCAUCAAUGCAAAACUCCUGCAGCCAGCAACAGACGAAAAUGGGAUAAGAUAAAAGCAGAGGAGGAGAAGCGCAAACCUGACAGCCAAAGCAUCUCCGCUUAUCUCAUCAAAAAAUGGCUCUUCCUAACAAUUCCUCAUGCUUCUUCACCAUUUUCUUCGCCCUCGUUGCCGUACUCCCACUUCUGCCCGCCACCUCCUCUGCCACCGGCCACGGGAAAAGAGACGGUGGUCACUUCUGCUACGAGGAUUGUCUCCGGCGAGCCUUCGCGCUAUCUCCGCCGCCGCCGUCGAGCAAUAACGGCGGGGUGAUCUCACGGUCAGUUAUCUGUAAGGACAAAGGACGUGUUGUCGUGGACACCGUCAAACUAACCGGCAAGCUUCCCCGGUGGUACCUCCAAGCCCUGUGCCACGUGUUGAAACACGAGGACAAAGUCGAGGCGUACGUUGAGGAAACGUUUCGGGGUCAAGAUGCGAAACGUCUUUGGGAUGGACAGUCAUGCAAAACGGUAACCGCGGGGAAGCCGGAUCGCUGUUCGACCGGUUGAGUUUGAGACGUUUUCUAUCCGACUUGUUCUUCUCUCGUUUUUUGUUUUUGCUUUCACUUUUGUCUCUCUGGUCGUCUUGUGUAUGAUAUGUUGAGUGAUGAAUAAAUCAAGUGGGGAAGAGUAGAGAUAAAAUUUGGAUGAAGCUUUUCUUGUUUCGAUGUUGGUUUCGAGAGAAAACGGAGUAUAUUUGAGUUUGAAACAAAUUUCUGCUAUGGCGGUUGUUUGAGCGAGCCUUGCUUUAUUCUCCAAUCAUUGAUUGGCUACUUGACAUAUAUUCUAUACAUGGGUUAUUUAAUUGGGGUUUAGGUUUCCUACUUUCUUUACAUAUUUGAUUAAAAUCGAUAGGGGUGUGCAACACUUGGUCGGUAUAUGACCAAGUCGAUGUUUGAGCCGGAACAUACCGAAACAUAAUAUAACGCGUUCCGGUUC